GAGGGCAGCCCUGUGCUUUUCCUGCAGCCCGAGCAUGUGUAUUUUCUCUCCCGGUGGGACUUUCUAAGCCGAGGGUGGGUCUUCUGCUUCUCCCCCUUUUUUUCUUCAGUGGGGGAGGACGGAAGAGAAGAAGCCAGAGGGGGCCGGAUGGAUGGCUGGCUGGGCUGCAGUCCGGCCAAAGAUUUCCUGCCGAGAUCAAGGCUGCUCUCGCCUGGCUUUCCUCACUUUCUCUUGUUUGACAUGCUGCCUUUUGGAGACAAGACGAGAGAGAUGGUCAAUGCAUGGUUUUCUGAGCGAGUUCAUACCAUUCCAGUGUGCAAAGAAGGGACCAAAUCCAACAGUGAAACUUGUUCUUGUUCCACUCUCCAAACAACACGUGCAGAGAGCACUAAUUCUACACCUCCAGCCAGGAAGAUAUCUGCCUCUGAAUUUGACAGACCUCUUAGGCCUAUUGUUGUCAAGGAUUCCAUUGGGACAGUGAGUUUCCUAUCAGACUCUGAGAAGAAGGAGCAGAUGCCUCUCCAGUCUCGGACGCUUAGGACCGAUGCAGGGGACCAAUGCACAAGGCUCUUAGAACUGGUGAAGGAUAUUUCUAGUCACUUGGACGUCACAGCCCUUUGCCACAAAAUUUUCUUGCACAUCCAUGAACUCAUAGCUGCAGAUCGCUAUUCCCUCUUUCUGGUUUGUGAGGAUAGUUCCAAUGAGAAAUUUCUUGUCAGCAGGCUGUUUGAUGUUGCUGAAGGUACCACUUUAGAAGAAGCUUCCAACAACUGCAUCCGUUUGGAAUGGAACAAAGGAAUUGUAGGCCAUGUUGCAGCUUUGGGCCAGCCUUUGAAUAUUAAGGAUGCCUAUGAGGAUCCCCGAUUCAAUGCAGAAGUGGACCAAAUAACAGGCUAUAAGACACAGAGUAUUCUUUGUAUGCCAAUCAAGAAUCACAGAGAAGAGGUUGUUGGUGUGGCACAAGCAAUCAAUAAGAAGUCUGGUGGAGGAGGAACAUUUACUGAACAAGAUGAGAAGGAUUUUUCUGCUUACUUGGCAUUUUGUGGGAUUGUUCUUCACAAUGCUCAGCUCUACGAGACAUCCUUGCUUGAAAACAGACGCAAUCAGGUGCUUCUUGAUCUUGCAAGCCUAAUUUUUGAAGAGCAGCAGUCUUUGGAGGUUAUUUUGAAGAAGAUAGCUGCUACAAUAAUUUCCUUCAUGCAGGUGCAAAAAUGCACUAUUUUCAUAGUGGAUGAAGAUUGUUCUGAUUCAUAUUCUAGUGUUUUCCACAUGGAAUUUGAAGAAUUAGAAGAUUCCAAUGAGACACACAAAAGAGAUUAUGAUACAAACCAAAUUAAUUAUAUGUAUGCUCAAUAUGUCAAGAACACCAUGGAGCCUCUUAACAUUCCAAAUAUUCGCCAAGACAAGAGAUUUCCUUGGACAAAUGAAAGCACAGAUCAGAAUAUUGAAAGUUUACUGUGCACACCAAUCAAGAAUGGAAAGAAGAAUAAAGUGAUAGGAGUAUGCCAACUGGCAAAUAAGAUGGAGGAAAAUUCAUGCAAAAUAAAAGCAUUCAACAGAAAUGAUGAGCAGUUCCUCGAAGCUUUUGUCAUCUUCUGUGGCUUAGGCAUCCAGAACACGCAGAUGUACGAAGCUGUGGAAAGAGCCAUGGCGAAGCAGAUGGUGACAUUGGAGGUCCUUUCUUACCAUGCUUCAGCUGCUGACGAAGAGGCGAGGGAACUUCAGGUAACAGCGGCUGCUGUUGUCCCAUCUGCGCAAUCUCUUGGGCUCACUGAUUUUUAUUUCAGUGACUUUGAGCUCUCAGAUAUGGAGACUUCUCUGUGCACAAUCCGAAUGUUCACCGAUCUUAAUCUGGUGCAGAAUUUCCAGAUGAAACAUGAGGUUCUUUGCAGAUGGAUUUUAAGUGUGAGGAAAAAUUAUCGGAAAAAUGUUGCCUAUCACAACUGGAGGCAUGCGUUUAACACAGCCCAGUGCAUGUUUGCCGCUUUAAAGUCAGGGAAGAUUCAGAACAAGCUUACUGACACUGAGGUGCUGUCUUUGCUGAUCGCAGCACUGAGCCAUGAUUUAGAUCAUAGAGGGGUGAACAAUUCUUACAUACAAAGGAGUGAACACCCACUUGCACAGCUAUAUUGCCACUCGAUCAUGGAACAUCACCAUUUUGACCAGUGCCUGAUGAUCCUGAACACUCCAGGAAACCAAAUUCUUAGUGGUCUUUCUGUUGAAGAAUACAAGGCAACUGUCAAAAUGAUCAAACAAGCCAUUCUUGCCACAGACCUUGCACUGUACAUUAAGAGAAGAGGCGAGUUUUUUGACCUUCUGAGGAAGAAACAGUUUAACCUAGAAGACCCUUAUCAAAAAGAGCUAUUUUUGGCAAUGCUCAUGACUGCAUGUGACCUAUCAGCAAUAACCAAACCAUGGCCAGUUCAGCAACGGAUAGCUGAGCUUGUCGCUGCUGAAUUCUUUGAUCAAGGGGAUAAAGAGAGACAAGAACUCAACAUAGAGCCAACUGAUUUAAUGAAUCGCGAGAAGAAAAACAAAAUCCCCAGCAUGCAAGUUGGAUUCAUUGAUGCCAUCUGCUUACAGCUUUAUGAGGCACUGACACACAUAUCGGAAGCCUGCUAUCCUUUGCUGGAAGGCUGCAGAAAGAACAGGCAGAAGUGGCAAGCUUUAGCUGAGCAGCAGGAAAAUAACUUGAUCAAUGGGGAAAAUAAUCAGCCAAAGAGGAACUGAGAUAGCCCUUCAUUCAGAAGUGCUGGUUUACAAAAAAAGAUAUUUAUAUAUAAUAAUUUGGGAAUACUUAGCAUUUUGCUAGACACUGUAUGAAAUAGGUGUAUAAUUUGCCACUGCUGUAUUUUAAAUAUGAGAGACAUAUAUUUUUGCACAGCAUUUGGAAGCGCAAUAUGAACGUUUUUAUGUGUACCGUUGUAUCAUAGUUGUAUAUUUUCAAUAUUUCAUAUAAGAAAGAACAGAUUUGCAGUUCGCAGGUCCAGUUUUAUAUGAUGGUAUGGAAAGGGAGAGUUUCCAGGACUGUUUUGGAAGCCUCUUGGCUCAGGAAGUUGUACAUAAUUACUUAGCUUUGAUUAAUGGCCAGUACCUUCAAGAUUAUCAUAUUUGGCACCUUUUUUUCAUUUGUUUGUGUUGUCUGUAAUUUUUUUAAUGUGUGUGUACAUAUAAAUAAUGAAAGAACAGUGUUGCCUUUGGACAUUGAGAAAUAUGGAGACUGAUAUUCACUACAGAGACUGCUUGCUGUGAUAAAUCUAGCACCAAAUAAAGCCAGUGUUUUCAGAGGCAAA